GCAUGUGUAUAUUGUCGUAGAUCGCACAUGACAUGUGAUGAUGGGCGGCCGUGUCAACGCUGUAUUAAGCGAAGCAUUGGACAUAUGUGCCAUGAUGAACCAAAAGAAUCUGCCUCUUCUUCUGGAUCUACUACCAAUAGUGCUGCUCCAAAAGGCAGUCGAGAAUCGUCUAUUACGAGCGAUUCAGAUUACAAAUCUUCUGUCAAGAGAGUGAUUCCCCCAACAAAGUACCAAAGCAAUGAUUUUUUGGAUUCUAUGGGAAAUGUCAACCUUUUACUCGGAAACCAGCAUAACAACAGCAAUGUCAACAGUAGUAGCAAUAGCAGUAGAGGAGGAGGAGGAAGAGGAGGAGGAACACCUGUGACAGAAUCACCGAUUGUCAAUACAACUGAAAAGUUCUUUUUGACAGCUGCUGAUCCCUCUGACGGUCGAUUGGAAGAUAGACUGACAGAAGUCAUCAAUGCCAAAUAUGAAGCUGGUUUCUUGAAACCAUACAACUAUGUAAAUGGAUAUGCACGGCUUCAAAAGUAUAUGGACCGACAUAUGUCAGCUUCAAGCAGGCAACGCAUUUUGAAUGUUAUGGGUACAUUUCGCCCGGCAUUUAGAUCCGUAGCCCAAUCAUUAACAGACAUCGACUUGAUUCUUGUGGAAGAAGCCUUUGAAAGACUUUUGUUGGAUUAUGAUCGCGUGUUUAGCUCAAUGGGUAUUCCUGCAUGUUUGUGGCGUCGUACUGGUGAGAUCUACAAAGGAAACAAGGAAUUUGCAUCCCUCGUAAAUGUUCCCAUGGAGACCCUACGCGAGGGGCGUCUUUGUAUCUAUGAAUUAAUGGCAGAGGAAUCGUCUGUUAAUUAUUGGGAGAAAUAUGGAAAUAUUGCAUUCGACCCCGGCCAAAAGGCUGUAUUGACCUCUUGCUUGUUGAGGAAUCCGGACCGAGAAGAAACCAGUGUCAUAUCUUGUUGUUUCUCAUUUACGAUCCGCAGAGACAAAUACAAUAUACCGGUAAGUAUUACACAUUUACAAUAUUUUUUGUUUGUUUGUUUGUUUGUUUGA